AUGGCCGACUCGCGUCGGCGAUCUCGCUCAAGGUCGCCACCACGACGUGCACCCAAGGGCAGCGGCGGCUUUCGAUGGAAGGACAGCGGCAGCGGCGGUAGCCGCUCCGACCGUCGCGAUGGGGAUCGUCGUGAUCCCGAUCGCCGACAAAGUUUUCGCAAUCGCUCUCCCCCACGCAACCAGCGCGGAUACGACCGAGAUGACCGAAGGCGAGACGACCGCCACGAUGAUGACGGCCACCGUCUCCGGUCGCCACGCAGGGACCGCUCGGACAGGGACCGCCCGGACAGAGACCGCCCGGAGAAGAAGUCAUCAGGCAAGGAAGAUGGCGAUAAGCCGCGCAACAAGGAGAAGAGCAAGAAGCCGGCAUACGCCAUGCCAACAGCUGGUCAGGAGAUGAUCAUCGUCAAUAUCAAUGAUCGCCUAGGAACCAAAUCGGCCAUCCCCUGCCUGCCCUCCGACACGGUUGGCCAACUCAAGCUGAUGGUGGCGGCGCGCAUUGGACGCGAGCCCGGACAGAUCAUGCUCAAGAGGCAGGGCGAGCGGCCGUUCAAAGAUAUCAUCACGCUUGAGGACUACGGCAUCUCCAACGGAGUCCAGCUGGACCUCGAGGUCGACACUGGAGACUGA